AACAGACUUCGACCAACCAAAAAAAAAAGUCAACAAACGACGGAGCAAAAUGAAAGGUUUAAGCGCGUUCUUCACGUACGUCCAAGAAUAUGUUCCCAUUGUUUGGAUCGAACCAUGGUACGCCGAGGCCGAUGUUAUGUAAGCUUUGACUCGAAGUGCAGUGUAUAUGAGUCUGAAGACAAGAACAGGCACCUACCCAACUGUUUUUCUAAUAAAUUCUGCUGGCGGGGAGUAGGACCCUUCUGCCUCCUUUGGCUUUGACCGCUUACCCAUUUGGCCAUUUGAUGCAGUCAAUAUAUAUGGCUCGGUACAACCAGAGGCAUUACACUCAAGGAAGAGCGGCUCAUCGUGUUGCCAAAAGAUGGAGAAAUCACAAGCCAAGCCGAAGAGCAAGAAGGUGUUGAAGUUCCUGCCCAGAACAGCUUCGUCCGUCAGCUUCUUUCGAAACCCUCCUUUCAGCCCCGGUAGAGACAAGAGAUCAUCGUAUUCAUCGGAGCUCGUUAACAGCACAAAAUGCAGGCUCAGAUCCCAUGUCGGUAAAGGGUUUUCUGGUCCACUCGUAUCCCUAAUUCCCAACGAAGCUCGAGCCGCAAGCAAGAAUGAUCGAGGUUUCGAUGUGAACGAACCCACUUCGCCGAAAGUCUCGUGCAUGGGCCAGAUCAAGCACAAGCACAAGACCAAGAAAUCGCAGUCGCCUUCAGCUGAUAAACGUUCUUCCUUUUCCUCAUCCACGUCUUCUUCAUAUAACAAGUUGAACCGGGAUGCCGACAAGCCUCCGAGACAGAGUAAUUCUCGCGAGCUGAAGAAGCAGAGCUCAACGUUAAAGAGACUAUUCAGCAGGGCUAGAGGAGGCAACAAGAAGAAAGGGUCUGAUGCUUCGGGAAAUAACUGCCGGAAGCCACCGUUGCUUCCCGAUAGAGCCCCGUCCUUGAGUCAGAUGGAACGGUUUGCGAGCGGGAGGGACGCACAGGCAAGCUUCGACUGGUCAGCUGAGUUCGGGCCAGUGUUGGAUGCCGACCACCGGGACUACUAUCACUAUUACUCGGAUGAAGAGAGGAGAGAGAGUGAUCAAGAAGAGGAGGAGGAAGUGAUAAUUCCUUUCUCCGCACCAAUUCCGGCUGCUGGCGGCGGCGGCGGCAGGGUGAAUCCACAACCGAGGAAAGAGAUCAACCUGUGGAAGAGAAGGACCAUGGCUCCUCCCAGGCCUCUCCAAUUGCACCAACCCGCCAUGGUUAGAGCAAAUUGAAAUUGGGUUAUCCAUGUUUCAUGAGUUCUUUCUAUUGGCUCUGGAAUUUUCUGUUCUUGCAAAUUCUUUUCUUCGUUCCGAAUUCUUUGUGUAAUUCUUGUGUUAAAUUGCUUUGCUGGUGCGCAAAAAAAUCUGUAUGUCGCAGAGUUAUAUAUCGGACUGUGCAUAGAUUGACCAUAUUACAUAUCUGCAAACCAAAUCGAUCUUCUGCCAUUACAUAUCGGAAAUUUGCUCAUCGUGGCUACGUCGUGUGCCGAAGGGUAUUGCAUUUUCUCUGAACGAUCCAGUGAUCUGGGUGUAUCCAAAUUCAUUUUCUUGAAUGAU